AUGAUUUACGACGAUUCUUCAAUAAAUGCAGGACUGGGUGAAAGGCAAGUGAACACAUUACUAUCUGGUUUAAAUAUUCCUCCUGUGAGCCAUUGUAUGAUGUCAGCUAGGCAAAAGGAUGUUGGAGUUGCACUACAAGAAGUAGCAAAAGAAACAGUAGAUCAAGCCCUGUGUGAGGAAGUAGAGUUAACUAAAAGAAAUAAAGACCAAGAUAGUAUAACAGCUGCUGUAGAUGCGGGAUGGCAAAUGAGGGGCAGUGGAAGGUCUUAUAACAGUUUGUCUGGUCAUUGUUCUAUGAUAGGUACCGAAACUGGAAAAAUAGUUAAUUAUGCAGUCCGAAUAAAGUCAUGCAGAGUUUGCUCUUUGGCAGAAAAAUCUAAAAGCUCACCACCUGUGCACGAGUGUCACAUGAAUUGGUCUGGGAGUGCAAAGAGUAUGGAAGCAGACAUGGUCACAGAAAUGGUCAAAGAUGUGGGGAAAAAGGGUGUUAGUGUUAGCUCAAUAGUAGGUGAUGAAGACAGCACUACUAUUGCUAGACUAAGAGCAAAUGUUGACAAGAAUAUAACAAAGGUGUCGGACUCAAACCAUGUUAAAAAACUGCUGGGAAACAGUCUUUAUGAAAUAAGGAAGAAGCAUAAAACAUUGACAAUAAAAGUUAUUCAGUAUUUACAACGCUGUUUCAACUAUAUACUGGCUCAAGGCAAAGGAAAUCCAGACAUGAUAAAAGAAAGUAUACUGGCUCUUUCUGGUCACCCUUUUGGACAGCAUGAGCGUUGUAACAACACUUGGUGUAGGUUCUUGGAUAACCCAAAUGAAAAGUUUAACUCAUUGCCACAUGGUAAACCACUCACAGAUGGGGCCCUUCAGAAUGAUUUAAAGAGUGUGUUCACCAAGUAUGCUGAGAAUAGUGGUACACUUUCGUCAUUAGGAAGUACUCAGGCAAACGAAAGUUUUAAUAGAAUUGUAGCUUCCAAGGCCCCUAAACAACAACACUACAGUUCGUCUGGUUCUUUGAACUAUAGAAUAGCGGCUUGUGUUGCUCAGAAGAAUGAAGGGAAUAAAUAUAUAUUAGAUGUUAACAAAAACAUGUCUGUAUCCCCAGGAUAUUAUACUCUACGUUUAGCAGUCCUAAGAGAUAUUCAACACCGGAAAAGAAAGGCGAUAGCAAAUACUUAUAGGUUCAAACAAAGACGAAGAAAUUUAAAGUCAACAAGACAUCAAAAGCUUGCAACAAGAGAAGUUAGAGAAGGUGUCACUUAUUCUUCUGGCAUUGGCUUGGAAGACCACCUUUCAGAUGACAUUGAAGAAAUUCCAAGUCCAUCACUUCAACCUGCAUACCAAACUAUUGAAUGGUCCACUACAGUGAAUAACAUUUUCUUUGACAUUGAAGCAACAGGCUUAGCAAGAAACUCUCACAUAACACAGAUUUCUGCAACAUCUGACAAAGGUUCUAUCAACACAUAUGUACUUCCAAAGAAACCAAUAACACCUAAGGCACAGGAAAUAACAGAGAUCAAAGUUGAAGGUAGCAAGAUGUUUUGCCAUGACAAGGAAGUGAAAUCUGUUGGCAUCAAAGAGGCUUUAAAGAUGUUAAUAUUAUUUUUAGCACAAUACAAGAAAAAUGUAAUUAUAGGUCAUAACAUCAAGUCAUAUGACUUACCAGUGCUGUUUUGUGCUUUAAAUAACUGUUCAAUUAUGAAUGAAUUUUCAUGCUCCAUUCUUGGAUUUUUAGACACACUACAACUUUUUAAAUCUUUGUUACCUGGAUUAACCUCAUAUGCACAAUCAAAUUUGUACAAUACAGUAUUAAAUGAAACAUAUGACGGUCAUGAUUCAAUGGAGGACGUUGUUGCUUUGAAUCGUCUUUUCCAUCACUUGGCUCCAUCAACAGAAGCAAAACAAUUGUCAUCUUUUUCCUUUGAUUCAGCUGCAAGGAGAUAUGACCACAACCAGAAAACAAAACUACUUCUCCCUACUUUGACACCUCUUACAGAGAAGAAAGUAAUUACACUAAGAACUGCAAAUGUAAUAGCAGCAAGUGGCAUGUCUUUUUCUCACCUACGUAUUUCAUAUGCAAGAGAUGGCCGCCAAGGAAUAGAAGAUGUUCUGAAAGAGGAGGAUGUAAAUGGAAAAGUUCGUGUUACCAAAUCAAAGAAGAUAGUUGAUGCCAUAUCAGACUUUUUCAAAAGUUUAAAACCAGAUGAGUGAUGUACUUUAGCAUGUAUCUUUCAUAUUUGUAUAUCCGAAUUUGAACUGCAUUCCAAUUUUGCUUUAGGUUAUUUCAUAUU